AUGGCUACAGUGAUUGGUAAUUUUGUGGUAGUGGAUGAUAAUGGUGAUGGUGAUGGUGGUAAUGGUGAUGGUGAUAGUUGUGGUAGCGGCGGUGGUGGUGGUGGUGGUGAUGAUGAUGGUGAUAGUGUAGUAGUGCUAGUAGAUGGUGGUUGUAGUAGUGCUAGUAAUAGUAGCAGUGAUGGUGGCUGUACAAAGCAAAAUUACCAGAUAUUGAUGGCUUCGUCUUCUUCUUCCUCUUCUUCUAUCAAUCCUCAGUGGAAGAAGUAUGAUGCGUUUAUAAGUUUUAGAGGUGCAGACAUCCGAGAAGGUUUUCUCAGUGAUCUGCCUAAAUCUAAACUCAACUCAAUUCAACUAAGCCUUUAUCUCAAAAAUCUGAGGUCGGCUACAUGGAUUCUCUUUCUCCACUCUAAACUAAUUGAGGAAAUUGUAAAUGAUGUUGGCAAAAAAUUAAAUCACUUGUUUCCCAGCGUUUAUGAUGAAGAUGGCUUUGUUGGAAUUGAUUCUCGUGUUAAGGAAGUUGAAUCAUUGUUAUGUCUUGAAUCAGAAGAUGUGCUUAUGAUAGGAAUUUGGGGAAUGGGAGGUAUCAGUAGGACAACUAUUGCUGACAAAGUAUGUAAUGGAAUUGCAAACAAAUUUGAGAGUCGAUGCUUUAUUGCAAAUGUCCGAGAAGAGUUAGAAAAGCGCACUCCAGUUCAAUUACGAGAUGAAAUCCUUGGCAAAAUAUUAGAGGGAGAAAAUUUUUAUGUAGGCACACCAUGUACAUUGCAUCCUUUCAUUAAAAGAAGUCUUCAUAAUAGAAGAGUUCUUAUUGUUCUUGAUGAAGUGGAUGACUACUUGCACCUAACAGACUUAGUUGGAGGGUGGAAUUUGUAUGGUCCAGGAAGUAGAGUCAUUGUAACAAGCAGAGAUAAGCAAGUGCUUGAAAUUGUGGACUGCAAGAAAUGUAUUAUUUAUAAGGUUGAGAAAUUAAAUGAUUGUGAAUCUCUUCGACUCUUUAGCUUGCACGCCUUCAAACAACCUCAUCCCGCAGAAGGCUACAUGAAGCAGCUAUCAGAGAAAGUGAUAAGUUAUACUCAAGGAGUUCCAUUAGCCCUUAAAGUUUUAGGCUGCAACCUUUUAUGUGGAAUACGUAGUCUGCUUGAUAAGUCUCUCGUAACUAUUUCCGGAAAGAAGAGUAGCCAACUCAAACAACUUUGGACCGAAGAUGCUCCGUUUAUUGAAAACUUGAAAUUUAUGGACCUCAGCAACUCGAAACAACUGAUCAGAAUUCCAGACCCACUGAAAUUUCCAAAACUUGAGGUUGUUAUUUUGAGAGUUUGGUUGAAGUUUCUUCGUCUACUAACUCUUCUGCCAAGUGGCUUAGGCGAAUUUAGGUGUGUUGAGUAUCCUAAUCUCAUCGGAUGCUCAAAGCUAAAAAGUCUUCCAAACAGCAUAUGCAAUCUGAAAUCUCUAAAACGGCUAGACAUCUCACAUUGUGUGAAUCUCCAUGGAUUGCCAGAGAACUUGGGGGACUUGGAAUCUCUGGAGAACCUGAUUGCAACGAGAAGUGGCUUGGCCUGUCUUUAUUAUCUUUCUCUCCAGGGUUGUGGUAUAUCAGAAAUUCCCACUCUUGAAUGGUUAGAUGCAGAAAAUUGCACAUCUCUGGAAUUUGUAUCAAGCACAUUCAUACAAGGAUAUAUGAAUUCCUAUUUGGAUUUGGAUCUUAGCAAAUGCAUUAAUUUGGAUCAGAGCUCAUCAAUGGAUUGUCUACUGCUCAAACUUCAAAGCAUGGGACCACCAGAGGUUUGA